AUGUUUUCCGGACAGAUUGCAUUAAUAACUGGAGGUUCUCGAGGAAUCGGAUUGGCAAUAGCGAAACAAUUAGCCCUGCAAGGAGCUACCAUCAAAUUAUUAGCACGAGAUGAAUCAUUACUUCAAACUGGAUUCCAACAAUUAUCCACUAGUCAUGAGCAACAACAUCAAUAUAAAUGUUUCGAUUUAAUGGAAUUGACCAAGGGGAAUACCAACGAAGAUAUUCUUCAAUAUGUUGGACAUAAUAAUACCAUGUUAGUGAAUUGUGCUGGGAUUACGACUCAUUCUUUAUUGCAUCAGACUUCACAACGGGAUAUUAUAGAUACCAUAAACUUAAAUCUUACAAUUCCGAUCAUAUUAAGUCAAUUAUCAAUAAAAAGUAUGAUUAGACUAAGAAAGAAGAAGCCUUCAAUAUUGAACAUAUCGUCAGUUCUUUCAUUCACUGAUUAUCUUGUAGCUGGGACUUCUGUAUAUGCAGCUUCCAAGGCCGGCUUAUUGGGAUUCACUUCGAGUUUGGCUCAUGAACUAAAGGGAAGAGUAAGGGUGAAUUCUUUAUUGCCUGGGUUAGUGAAAGAAACAGAUAUGGGAUCAAAUGCAAACCUAGAUGAAAAUUUACUGGCAAUAUCCUUAGAGUCGGUAGUUCAAGAAGCCUUAAGGAUAUUGGGCGAUUCCAAUGUGAAUGGUCAAUGUGUUAUUCUCGACAAAGAGGAUACUUCCAGCAUUUUAAAAUCAUUAUCUUGA